UAAUGGUUCAUGUCUGGAAGGAAAAGGGGUCUAUCUCUGAUCAAAUUUCGGGUAACCUAAGGGCACACUUAACUAAUGGGAUCCUAUCGAUGUUUCUCCCCCUCCAUGCCUGAUCUUUACACGGCGGAAUGUUAAUGUUGCCACAGCUUGUCCGUGUUGUCUUUGGCUGCUCACAGUCUGGCUUUAUUGUUGUAGUCGCUCUAUAAUGUCAUGGAGCUGGACGGAUAUGAUUAAAAAAAAAAACCGCAGUAAAGCAACACUCCUGUGACUGACUGGACUAUGGAAGUGAUCGGGUUUACUCUGCACAUGUGUGAGGCGAAGUGUGUGUCCCAUGUUACAUUAGUGUCUGUGUGAAAUGCUGGCCUGUCUGCCAGGGCCAGGUGACUUCCCCCUCCAGCUUCUCCCCCACACGCAGAUGAACACUGGACAUCAGAAAUGGGACACCACACAAAGGAUGAGAUCCGCUCCGUUUCCAACCCCUGCAGAAUUGGAUGCAUUUGCUAAGAAGGUCGCAAACAACCCCCUCACCAUCAAGAUCUUCCCCAACAGCGUCAAGGUCCCCCAGCGGAACCACGUGCGGCGUACAGUCAACGGGCUGGAUACGUCGGGCCAGCGCUACAGCCCUUACCCUUCCUCUCAGGCCAGUGCCAAGACAGGCCUCCUCGCCGUCAUUAAGGUGCCCACAGUUAAAGGCAUCCUAAAAGAUUUUGACGGCAGCCGGGCUCGCUUGCACCCUGAAGUCGUCAUGAACUCCCCCACCGGACCCUACCAAGUGGCUUCGACCAGCACUUUAAACCACCACCCUUCUCUGCCGAACCUCACCCGGCUCCAGCAGAACUUACCCCUUCAACCGCAGAACGCACCUCAGACUCUACAGAUGCCCCUCCCUCAGCAGCAGGGUCACAACCAGAGCCUCAGACACCCUCCCCCGAUGGCCCAGCACCCUCAGGGCCCACCCAGACUCCAGACUCUGUCUCAGCACCCAGCCCUCUGCCACUCACAGGGGCCCCCUACUGUCAUGCUUCUGCAGCAGCAGCACCUUCAGCAGCAGCCACCACCCGGCCUGCAGGGGAGCAGAAAGCUGCCAGAUGGCGAAGUACCGCCUAAUGUUACCGUCUCUACCUCAACCAUUCCACUAUCCAUGGCAGCCGGGCUGCACCAGGGGCACCAGGCCAACCUGAGCACCAUCGUGCAUCAGAUCAACCAGUUCUGCCAAGCUCGGGCUCAAGGCGCAGGUGCCACCUCCAUGUGCGAGGGCCAGAUCGCCAACCCCAGCCCCAUCAGUCGCAACCUGCUCAUCAGCGCUUGCUCUAGGGCUUCCAUGCACAGCAACCCCGCCACCCCUGGCUUUCCGCCACAUAACUGCAUUAUCGUCCCUCAAGACAAAGCCACUGCCCCAGUGGGAGCUCACCCCCCACACAGCGUGGCUAUCAUGAACCACAUGCCUUCCAACCACAAUGAUCUCAAGCAGCAGCAGCAGCAGCAGCACCACCUGCAGCAGCAUCUGCAUCAACAGAGUCAGCAGCAACAACAGCUACAACACAACGCGCAGCAGCAGAAGAUGUGCUCUUGGAAUCAGCACCAGUUGUCUCAUGUACCCCACAUUCAGAACGGUGGGACCCACCUCUGCAAGCAGCCUUCCAGGGACCCCGCCUUCCAUUUUAAGGGCAUGGGCUACCCUUCAGAGGUGUGUGUGGGUCAGCCUUACACACUGAAACCUCCCGUAGAGAGGCCCACGCCCUCUCCCCCCGUCGUCAACAACAACAUCAUGCCCGGCCACAUGGCCCACUACACUAACGGUCACUACUUCCAGUCCCACAUUUGGAACAGCAGCAUCCUACCCACACCCAACAGUGACAGCUCCGGGUCUCAGGACAUAGCCAUGCCAUUCCACGGUGCGGGCCCAGGGGGGUGCACCACGCUAGACUGUGGGCCCCCUGGGGCUCCCCAUUACAUGCUAGGACCGAGCUCCUCCUCCUCCCAGACUAAUCUGAUGCAAACGGCAGAUUACUUGGGUGGGGACUUCCAGACGCCCUACUUCCGCGAUCAGAAUCUAGGGUUGAUGGGCAAGAUGCACAGGCCUCCUCUGAGCAGGGUAGGUCCAGAGGUCGGGGAUGGCAGAACCGCUCUCAUCCAGCACCCAGGGUACAGAUAAGCUAUGUCCUUGUCUUCACAAGUUAUCAAAACCCAUUUGUUUAGUCUUAAGAAAGGAAACACAUGAAUAAAAUAAAAUUGAUAACUUAAACUGCUAAUGUUUAAAGAGGGUAAAUUAAUAUAUUUAAUGAAGUUUUUCUUUUUUCUUUUUCUUUUUUAAAAUAAAUCUUGCAAGUGAUCAAUUGCUACUUUCAUUUUUGUUAAUGAGUGCUCGUACCUGGCACUUUAGGGAACUUUUUCAUGUGCGUGUGUAUACACAUCUGUACUGUGUGUGUCAUUCCCUCCUUCCUCUAUUGUACUAUCUGUGUGCCUGGGUCUUGACGGACGCUGCGAUAUUUCUACUUCAGACCUAUCUGUGAGGUUUUCUUAAGCAUGUAAGAAAAGAAAAACCGAUAGAUCCCUCACUGAACAACUGCAACAUCUACUGAUGUUUUUUUUUACAGGGUCAUGUCAGGAAUUUUCGGCUCAGACUAGUUUGACAUAUUUUAAUUUUGGUGUCAAAGCUCCAGUCUGAUAGUCACUUGAAGAUUAAAUACAAUCAUUUGAGGACAGAAGAGAGAGUUAUAAUCUUGUUUCAGUGCAACACCACCACACACUGGAGACUACAAAGUACAGCUAGAAAAGCUCAUGCUCAUGUACACAUAGGUUUUUUGCUUUUUAAAUGUAAUUAUUUAUUUGUAUAAUAGGACUAUUCCUCUCUGUCAGUUAAGGAAGCAUGUAAUCAGGUUGUUUGUACAUAGUCAAGCUCCAGCAGGGAGCAAAUAUGUUAAAAAGUCGAUGCUCUGUCCUGCUGAAAAUGCUGCAAUGAAUUCAGGUGUUUAAAAAAAAUAAAAUAUUUUUGUCAAUGCCAGGAAGGUUUGGCAACAAGAUGGUGAAAUGUUUAGUGCAGAAAAGGUCAUGAAAGAUUAACUUAACCUUAAAAUGGCCAAAGUCAUGUAAACAAGGACACACUGUUAUGAAGAUGUGCCAUUUAUGUCUUUCCUUUUCACAUUGUUUUUUGUAACCAUGACAAACGUAUUACUUGAAUGUUGAGAUUAUUUGUUUUGCAGUAAUUGAAGGGGGAGGUUAGUAACGAGGAAAAAACUCUGUAGUAGAAGAAAUAAUAGUGUUACUAAUGUCAUGUAGAAUCGAGUCUCGCCAGAGUUUUGAUCCCGACAGUGGAAACCUGAGUGAAUUAAGUUUUUGUGUAGUUGCUACUGAUUCUGAUGUGAAGUCUGCUCGAAAAGACCAAAUUGAUCACUUGCAAGAUCACUUGGAGAAAAACAAAAAGGACUUUUAAGUUUAAAGUGAAACAGCAAAUGCAUUGUUUAUUUUAUUCUACACUGGCUUACCUACUAGACUACUGUAACUCUAAAGUUUAAUGAUUGUGUGUGAAUGUUGCCUGCUGAUGUGGGUGGAGUUAAGUGUGUGUGUGUGUGUGUGUGUGUGUGUGUGUGUGUGUGUGUGUGUGUGUGUGUGUGUGUGUGUGUGUGUGUGUGUGUGUGUGUGUGUGUGUGUGUGUGUGUGUGUGUGUGUGUGUGUGUGUGUAUAAACACAAUGACGCUCAUGUUUUGUUCACCUAACUCCCUAACAGCCCUUAAAAAGCCUUAAGUGUUUGGUCCUUGGACUUCCCUUGAAAAAUGAGCAUGGUUUUAAUGAAAACCCCAAAUAAUAAGGAGAAAGAAGAUGGUAAGGAUACACAGAAACAGCAAUUUCUUUGGUUUCUUUUUUUUCUGGCUUUUUUCUUUUAUUGAAGUUUUGUUGACCUGACAGAGAAAUUCUUUUAGAAAUUCUUUAUUAUGGAAAGCAAGAAAAGGAGUAAUAUUUUGUAAUUAUAUAUUUUAGCAAUGUGUAGUUACUGAGCUGUAACCUUUUUUUUUCCAAGUUUCAAAGCUUCAGUUUGCAGGUGUGACUAUUUAUAAUACUUGAUUUGCUUGUUAUUUAAAUUUUAUUUUCUUCUUUUGUUUCUUGUACUAUUGCUGUGAAAUGGAAGAAGGUCCACAAGCCUUUCUUUUGUGUCAUUCUGUACGACAGAUAAGAGGCAAGAGAGUGAGAGUUGCGCUACUCUUUUUGUAAUAUUGUAAUAAUAAAAUAAAGUUCUAAU